CAAUGGAUAUUUACCUAUAUAAACCACUUCAAACUCAGCACAAGACAUCAAUCAGAAGUCUAACUUCGAAGCUAACACAACCAAAUCUAUCAAAAUGAUGAAAUUCUUUGCCGUUGUCCUGUGCGCCCUGUUCGCCGCCGCUGCUGCCAAUCCUGGUCUGCUGGCCUACAACGCCCCCCUGGCCUACUCCACCCCCCUGGCUUACAGCUCCCUGCCCGCUGCCGCACCCCUCGCCUACACCGCCGCCUACACCUCUGCCUACGCCCCCUACGUGGCCCCCUAUGCCAGCAGCUACAGUGCCCACAGUGUGGCCCACAGCGCCGCCCUGCCCGCCGUUUAUGCCGCCGCCCCUGUGGCCACCAUCCUCAAGAAGUAAGAUGUCCCAGGAUGG